AUGGAGUCAUGUUCAUUAUACGGAGUAAGCCAGUCGCCGCUAUCCGGCCAGGGGCUCGCGCCUUACCCCACGCUGCUGACGCCGCCGGGUCGCAAUGGGCAAGGGGACCGCCGCGCGCUGCAGACGGAGGGCGGGGGGACGUGCGCGAGCGCGGGGGAAGGGGAGCCCGCGGUGCGCGCGGCGUACACGCCGGUGUUCGUGUCGGUCGUGCUGAAUAAGCUGCUUGAUGUGGACGACGAGCGGUACCAAUUCGAGGCGAUCAUCCACCUGCGCAUGUCGUGGCACGAUCCGCGCGCGCCGCUCGAGAUCCGCCGCCGCACCGCCGAGACCUUCCUGGCGGGGAACCCCUCCGCGUGCGCGCGCGUGUGCGCCAAGGGGCGCUCGCUGUGCUGCGACUCGGUGUGGCUGCCGGGCGUGAUGGGCGGGAACCUGCUGUCGCUAGAGGACGAGCGCACGGAGUGGGAGGCCAUCGCGCUGCAGCCCGGCAACCACAGCAACGUGCGCUGGGGGCGCCGCCUGCGCGCCACGUUCCACGCCGCGCUGCGCUUCCACCGCUACCCCUUUGACACGCAGGAGCUGGUGGUGGAGCUGUGGGCGGAGAGCUGCUGCUACUCCUUCGUGCCCAGCGCCGCCGCCAUCCGUCGCCCCCGCUCCCUGCUGCCCUCCGCGCACACCCCCGGGGCGGAGGGGGCGAGCAGGGCGCGUGUGCGGCGGGGGCGGGUGAGGAGGGACGAUGGGAGCGGGCCGGACGACCUGUCGGGGUGGCAGGUGGAGAGCGUGUACGUGCAGGCGCAGGCGACGCACGUGGGGCGCAUGAUGCAGUGGGUGGAGGAGCCCCAUGACCACGAGGUCUUCAGCGUGCGCGCUGAAGAGCUCGCCGGUGCCACGCUGGGCGGGGGAGGCACCACAUCUGGCAUGCUGUGGGAAGGGGAGGAGGGCGGGGAGGCGGAGCGGGGAAAGGAGGAGCAGGAGGGGGGGGAGGAGGCGGGCGAGUGUGGGAGCGGGGGGGUGGCGAGCAGCGAGUGGAGGGCGUGGCAGGAGCGGGAGCAGCAGGUGGCAGCGGCGUCGCUCAACUCAACGCUGCUGAUUGUCAUUCGCGUGCAGCGCAUCUGGCACUACUACCUCUUCCUCUUCCUCCUCCCCACCUUCCUCGCCGUCGCCCUCUCCUGGACCUCCUUCUGCAUGUCCCCAGCGCACCUGGAGCUGCGAGUGGGCACGGGCGUGACGCUGUUCCUCGCGCUCACGUCGCACCAGUUUGUGAUAUUUGACACGCUGCCGCACUCCAGCUACGUCACCAUCAUGGGCUGGUUCAUCAUCUGGUCCUACGCGCUCAUAGUCUUCGCUGUGCUGCAGUCGCUGCUUGUGAAUUAUGUGUACUGCAUUGGGGAGACGGCAGCACGCGAGCACAAUGAGUCGGUGGCAGCGCGGGCGACGAGACGCCUGCUCAUGGGGUCUGCAGGUGGAGUGGGGAAGGCGGCAUCAGGGAGCAGGGACGUGCAUGCCAGUGGGAGCGGGAGUGGGAGUGGAAGCGCGGGUGCGAGUGGGAGUGGGAGUGGGGGUGGGAGUGGGAGUGGGAAUGCGGGGAGGAGUUGCAACGUGGUGCGGCUGUCCUCUGCGGGUCGCUGGCCCAGCCUGUCCCCGCAGGCCCUCUCCCUGCUCUGGCGCCCCUCCGCCUCCGUUGUUGCUGCUGCUGCUGAACCGCUGCUGGCACAGGAGGGACCGGCAGGUGGAGGGGAGGGUGGGGGGAGGCAUGGGGAAAGCAGCAGGGAUGCUGCUGGGAUGCGGGGGAGGAAAGGUGUCGAGGAAGGGAAGUACGGGGGAGGGAAGGGGUUGUAUGAGGGGAAGGGAGAGAGUGAAGGGAGUGUGCUUGCAGGCAGGAGUGACAGCAAGCCCCCACAGCACACCGCCAGUGGUGGAGCGCGGGCAGGUGAGCGUGGGAGCAGCGACAAGCCUUGUGCACCAGUGAUGCGGCCAUGCAGUGGUCCCAGGGAACAGGAGGGUGAGGUGGAAGCUGUGGCACAGCAGCCAAGCGAGCAGGAAGGCGAGUCGGAAAUGGGAGCAGAGAAAGGUAAUCGACGGGGUGGGUUGUUCCCUGAAAGCGAUUCUUUUCCGGGGCUGUCUCACCUGUCGAAGCGCAUUCAAGAGACGGUGGCGCAGGCGGGGCAGCUGAAGGGCAUGGUGGAGCAGGACCCCAACCGUGCCAAGAUAUUCAUCUCUCGCCUCGAUGGCCUCUGCCUUGUCACCAUGCCCUUGCUCUAUGUGGGCGGGCUGCUUUGGAUCUACAUGGUUGUGGAGUGA